AUGGGUGAAAGGAAACUUCUAAGCCCUGAGAUUGUACAGGUGACAGUGGACAAGGUCAAUAUUAUACAGGCCAAGUUGAAAGCAGUACAAGACAGGCAAAAGAGCUAUGGGGAUGUGCGUAGGAAAGAUCUCAAGUUUGAGGAGCUUUCUCGAGUCCAUGAUGUUUUUCACAUCUCCAUGCUCCGCAAGUAUAUCUCAGACCCAUCACAUGUGUUGGAGACACCGGAGAUUGAAUUGAGGGAUGACUUAUCUUAUGAGGAGCAGCCAGUGCAGAUUUUAGGAAGGGAAGAGAAAAGGCUUCGCAACAAGAUUAUAGCUUUGGUGAAGGUCCUUCGGAGAAACCAAAUUGUCGAGGAGGCGACUUGGGAGCGAGAGGAUCAAAUGCGGAGUCAGUAUCCUUACCUCUUCCAAAACUAA